AUGCACAUGCCCUUUUCGUGCGAAGUUUUGGUACCGAGUGUCGAGCCAUGCACGAAGGAGAGAUUCUACAAGCAGUACGUUCUCUGUGGAAGUCCCGACUUCUUCAAGAUUGAAGAAGCAGCAGCAAAACGAAAUCCCAAGGACGUGGCCGAGGUGUUGCAAUCCAUUAUCCCGGGCAAACCGGAGCUGGCCGAUAUGUGGGAGGCAACAUAUGCACCCUUCAGAAGGGCAAAAAUCAAGAUCCACGCAGCUCAUUUGGCGGCAAGCCUUGGGAGUGUGGAGGUGCUAAAGUGGCUGCGGGAACGCUGCUCGCCUGAUGUGCUCAUCCGCCGAGCGGUCCUGGAGACCACCAGAGAUGCAAAGGGCCAAAAUGGCAGAACCAUCACCGCAAUCGGUGAUCACUACACACCCCUUUUAUGUGCACUGUGGAUGAGUCAGGUCGAAACGGUUAUGUGGAUCCUGGAAGAAGCACCAGACAGUGCAAUCAUUCGAAAUGCUGAUGACAUGGCGGCGUUACACAUCUUAGCGAAGAUCGGCUUGCCGGACGUGCCAGAAGCAAAGAGAAGCUUAGCGUUUGAGCGGAUAGCGGAAGCGCUGGUGAGCCGGAAGGCCGACCUGGGUGCAAAGGUUGGCCCUCUGAGGGAUCGCGAGGACGGUGAAGCCGCGCAUGUGCGAAACAAGACGGCCCUGGAAAUCGCGGUCGACAAGCGGUGCUCGUUUCCCAAACAAAUGCUCCACUUGCUAACGCAAUCAUACCAUUAUCCAAAGCGGAGCCGGCUAUUCAUAGAAGUGAACUUGAUUGCCAAGGCCAAUCCAGCGGCGGCAGUUCAGCUGGUAGGCAGAAUCAAAAAGCGCGCGCCGGGUCAGCUCGAAGAGAACCUCCGCGAAGAAGUCCUAAGCUACAUUCGGGACUCGCGGGAUCCUGGCCGCCAUAUGGAGAUGUUCAUUGAGACGCUGAAGAGAUCCCCCAUUGCGGGUGCCAAGCUGCUCGAGCUGCUGAUGGGCGAGCCGAGGGUUUGCGAAGCCCGCAGGUAUGGCCUUCCGCUUUUCACUGUGCUACCGAAUCGGGAAAUGAUCUGUACGUAUCAGCCUGUAGAAGGCGGCGAGACGGAGGACGAGCCAAUAUGGAAACGGGGUCCAGGCUGGCACAAGGAGUUUAUCCGCGAGCUGCCGGACGAUCCCCUGCUUCACACUGACGUGUAUGAGGUGAAGGUGAACGUGUUGCACCUGCCUGGUGUCCUUAAUCUGAAGGUGCUCAGCAUUCUCUCCAUGGUGUGGAACAACUGGGACAACAUGACCAUCUUCUCGAAGAUUCCUAUCAGAGCCAUCGUUUCAGGCAAGUGGAAGCAGUGUAACACUGUUUGGACAUUUGGCCUGCUUUGGCUUCUGAUCUUGCUUUGUUCCCUCAUCGUGCUGUCCAUGCACUUGGCGCUGCCCAGGGAUUUUUCCCUGCCGUUCUUGGGCUGGGGCACUUGUGCGCCAUUGGCAGGCAGCAUUGUCCUGGCAACCUUGUGUUUUGAAGGGGUCAACUUUGUGUACGCGGUGUUUUUUUGCCGGCGAUUGGCGGAUAUUCCUCACAUGACGUAUGUGCAGCUGGGCGAAAACUGGACGUGCUUUGGAAGAGUGGGUGCUUGCCUGCUUACCGGCUUACCUUCUUAUGCAAUGGAUGGCCCUGUGUGUGGGUCGGCCAAUGAGGCGGCAAUAGCCAGCACGCUCCUUCAGCGCUUCGUUGGUCCAGCCAUGACGGAUCAUCACCCUGGCAGAUGGAACAGUCAGGAACAUUGGGCGCAAACUUUGCUCGCCCAGGCUGCCAGAAUUGGACAGCUGAGUACAACUGUCACCACAACUGGCGGUGCUGCUCGCAAUGCUGCUGCAGUGGAGGGAGUGCAUGCGAACCAAGCAGGGGACUUGGAUACCUUCUUGUUUUCUUUAGCAACGAACUGUGGAAUCGUUGUGGUGGCAAUCUUUGUGUUGAGUCUCUUGCGAUACUUCUUGCCAGCGGUGUACCGGCGCGACUCCAACCUGCGCAACGUCAGCGUGGAUAAAAGACCUGAGCCAGAAAGGGGGUUGACUGUGCAAGGCCGCUUUGGAUGGCUAUCGGAGAGCUGGAAUGCAUCGGCAGAGGAGGUAGCAGAUAUUGCUGGGCUCGAUGCGGGAAUGCAUUGUGAGUUUCUGGCACUCGGCAUGCGGUUGUCCUUGUGCGUGGCUGUGCCCUGUGUUCUUGUGCUGUGUCCUCUGCACAUGCUUGUGGGUGGAGAUGCUGCCGGUGAUGACCGUUUGAGCAAGGUGGGCAUGGCCAAUGUGCAGCAUGGUUCGUGGCUGUGCUGGCUUCAUGCCCUGUUUGUUUGGUACGUCGUCUUGAUAACCCACGCACAAGUACAUCUUGCACAAAGGCGCUUCAUGCCAUUGCGUGUGAGAUGGCUGCAGAAAUCCCCGCUGCCUACUGCGACAUCCAUUCUUGUGCAAGGAAUUCCGGACCAUUUGCUUACAGUCGAUGCGCUGCGCAGGUUCUUCGACGAGGGGGUCUUUGGUUGCCAGGCCGUCAAGCGAAUUGAGUUCGUCAAGGACACAAGUGAGCUUCUAUACUGGCAGCGUGUAGCGGAUGCCGGCCAAGGAACAUGGCGCACGGGCACCGGCCGUGUGCUUGAGGGUCAGGAGCUUCAGGCGGUGGCGGCAAGUAUGGUGGACAAGUACAGGAAGCAGCUUCUCCGCUCAAAUGACCAGAACUCCCCCAAUGCCUUUGUCACAUUCCAACAUCACCGUGAGGCUGUGGUGGCCCAGAAGUUGCUAGCUGAGGAGGACUAUGAUGGCAUCCGGGCCGAUGCUGCUCCAGACCCGGGUGAGGUGCUGUGGAGAGAUCUGGCACUGGACCAAGGACGUCAGGCAAUCAAGGAGCUCAUCGGCUACUUCCUCAUCUUCCUUGUCUUCUGGGGCUUUAUGCCACUCGUCGUGGGGAUCCAGUCGAUUGCCAACCUUCACACGCUGGAGAAUCACAUUCACUUCUUCAAGGUCCUUGUGCAGGAUUUCCCCGCUUUGGCAACCCUGUGGAACGGGCUCAUGGCAUCUUUCGCGCUCUCCGUUGCCAUGAGCUUUCUGCCAUCAUUGCUGAUGAUCAUUAUCACCUACUUCUUCAUGUCCAAGGCAGAGAUGGAACGACAGCAUCGGCUCCAGGCCUGGUAUUUCUACUUUUUGUGCGUCUUUGUGCUGCUUGUCACGGCCAUUGGGUCCUCCAUCAUUGCGACCGGUGAAUAUCUCAUGAAGCACCCUUUCGAUGCACCCAGCUUGCUGGCCAAGAACAUGCCUCAAAGCACCCAUUUCUAUCUGAAUUUUAUUCCUAUGCAGAUGGCAGCUUAUGCCACGGCGGCGAUGAGAUUUGCCCAGCUGGUCAAGUACGUGGCCUGCCGAACGUUCCUCAGUCCAGCUGAUGCCAAACUCAGAAGCGAACCCGAAGAUCCAGACUAUUUCGGGAUUGGCUCACGAUCUGCUCGAGCCACCCUUCAGCUGGUCACAGUUCUCACUUUUUGCACACUUUCCCCGUUAAUUUCGCUUCUUGGCUUCAUGAUGUUUGCUACGUGUCGCAUCACGCAUGCCUUUCUCUUCAUGGAGGCAGAGUCAAUCAAAGCAGACUCGGGAGGCGUUUUUUGGGUCACCAGCCUGCGACAUGUCCUGCAGGGCCUCUUCAUCUUUGUAUUGCUGAUGACAGGAGUCCUUGCAGAGCGCUCUGGCACUUGGAUUCCAGGGGCCAUCUCGGCAAGCAGUUUGGUCUUCGUGCAUUGGUCCAAUGUCACCUUCCGGCGACGGUAUCGUUGGCAACAUCGGCAGUUCGAAGAUAUCGUGAACAAGCCGGUUUCCCACAAGUUCGCGCUUCUUUGCUUGUUCCUUUUCGGGGACUUCGUGGACACCGCACGAGCCAAAGUGCUUCUUGCGAUCAAUCUGCUUUUAAGAUGCGGCGCGAUCAUCUCUGAGCUGAGAGCAAGCGAGCUGGUUGGGCUUGGGCCGUUGGUUAUCGCCGUUUUCCAAUCGUUUGCGCCCAUGAGUGGGAUGUUUACCUUUAUGGGCAUGAUGUUUGUGACGUUCGCCCUGACCUUUCUAACUUUGAAAGAUGAAGACCGGAGUCCUGUCUACGUGUUGCUCAACCUCUACCAAGCCUUGUUUCUGACGGACAGUGACGGUGCAGAGAGCAUCUCCGGUAUUGACAUUGGUCACCAGCAGACUCUGGAUUUUGGCAUUGAGAUGUACACUGGUGACGGAAGUCAACUGUUGCUGGCUGCGACAACUCUGAUUAUGCUGUUCGCAACGUCAAUCUUCUCGUUGGUGCUUCUGAAUCUGACCAUCGGCAUGUACACCAAGUACUACGAGCUGCAGGAGCCCUUGGCGCGCUUAGCCCUCCAGCAGUGCCGUGCCAGGCUUUGUGUUCGCUUUGCUUUGAGACCGUCGGUGCCACGCGCGUGGCUGGCUGGAAUGUCGCUCGAGGCAUCGAAAUGGAAGACCUGUGCGAAUCUCAGUGCCGCUUUCUGUAAAUCCAUAACAUAA